AUGAAUUUGGUAAUUAUUAUUUUAUUUGUAAUAACAACGAUAGCGGCUGAUCAUCGUCGACCAGUUAUUAUUGAUACCGAUGCAGAUGUUGAUGAUCUAUUUGCUAUUGCUUAUCUGUUAAAUGUUCCAACAAUUAAAAUAUUGGCUAUAACAACAGUUGGUAAUGCUUUUACAACUCCAUUUUAUACGGCACCAAUUGUUUUAACAUUGUUAAGUAAACUCAAUUGUGAAUAUGGUGUACCAGUAGCCUACGGAGAAAGGAGCAUCGUAAAAAAUAAAUUGUUCUGGUAG